UUCACAAACAACACCACACUCAGCCGGUCCGAACUCCGAUAUCCCUCUUCGUUGUCUCGUAUUUUUCCCUUUCCUAUGGCUUCCAUUGUCUCUCCUCGAUUCAUUUCAAUUACUCUUGCUGUUUUGUGGCGUCAAGUAUAAUACCCGUCUCAAAAUACAUACCGACUCAGCUGCGUUGCGUUCACCGUUCAAUACUCAACUAUCAAAGAUUAAUCACGACUGUCUGAAUGGCGAUAUGUAGGACCUGAUGAUGAAUUUCCUGAUAUCGAACCAACGUUUUUCGAAUCGCUUGUUGAGUCGGAGCAAGCAUUGCCUCCUUGCGGCUUACUCAACGUGCGCAUUUUUUGCCACAGGCUACACGUCGACGAACCUGAAUUCCUCAAUGCCUUUGGACGCUCGUAGAAGCCUGCCAUCGAUCUCUUCCGCCCGCUGUUCGAAGGAUGCUACUUUGCUGCUUUCCUUUUCUUUAAAGCGCACGGACUUACCUUGUGGAUAUCCCUCUUUGGGCGUCCAGCUUCUCGUCUGUUUGCCUUUUGGACUUGCUGUACUAGUCAGACUGCCUCUGUACUAUUUCUGGUUGCUUUCACGAUUAGCACACCUGCAGGGCUCACUGCGGUGCCCUUCUUCCUUUACGGAAACUUUUCACGCUUCUCAGAUUGACCUUUCACUAGGCGCAUUCAUGUUCUAGAUCGAUGCUAUACAAUGGUCAAGGUCAUGCAGUUGAUGGUGGUGAAUUCAACUUCCUGCGGUUAGCGGCCUAUGUCACCUCUAUGCGGCAUGGGUUGCGGUACAGACCGGUAUUUAUCAUGCUGCUAGUCUAACUUAACCCUCGUUUUGGUGGUACACUGCCUCGUUUACUAUACGUUUACAAAUUUGCCUUCGCUUCCCCCGUCACGGGUUGGGCACGGUGACUCCUCUAUAUAUUCCUCCCUAACAUUUUCUUCUUGGAAGACACCCGAAUCACGAAAUGUUGAUCUACUGGGUACGAUUUUCAGAUUUGUGCAGAACUUGGAUAAGACGCAUUCUCAGCUACCGUAAUUGCAAGUUCAAACCUUAUGGAAAGCCCCCUCCGGGGCGGCAACAGCAUGGUCAACGUUCUAUGUCAUCGCUUCCAGGGGGAACUUGAAUGUCGAGAAGGAUGCAGGA